AUGCUCACUGCAAGGCCAGUCCUGCUGCUCGCUGGCCUCCUCACCUUCUCACUGUGCUCCCAUGCAGCCCCCUACACUCCAGCCGAGUGCUGCUUUGGCUACAUCAAGGGCGUCCUGCGGCUGGACGUCCUCCUGGGCUUCAACUUCACUACCAGGGAAUGCUAUUUCCCAGCAAUUGUGUUUGACACCAAGAAAGGAGCCAAGAUCUGUGCAAACCCUGAGGAUAAGUGGGUGAAGAGAGCAGUUAAAGAGCUUCUAAAGAGGAAAGAACUUCGUGCCCCGUGAUGUGGAGGGGUGCCCUGGUUCAGGCUCCCCAACAUCUGCUGGGAAGGAAGGUUUGCAUCCCCUCUCAGAAGGGGUUAAGGAUGUUCAGCUCCUGGGAGAGGGCACCAGAGCCCUGAGCUGCACCCACAGCUGGGCACCAGCUCCUGGAAUGCUGCUGGCCCAGCCUGCACCUGUCUGCUGCUCACAGUCACAAAAUAAAGUUUAUUUCAU